CACAUUACUAAGUUGUCAUGUGACUAAAAUUAAAUUGGUCAAUUUAUAAACACAAGCCAUGGUGAAACAAAGAACUACAGCUGCUACGACUCUUACAAUUUGUUUAUAAAGAAUAAUUAAAGUAUUUUCAAAAACUGGUUUUCAAGUUCCUAUCAGAAAAAUAGUGCAGUAGAGCAAGGUUUAAAAUGUUUGUACAUCUUCAUCAGAGCAAGUUAAUGGUUACAUCAGUGCUGCUGAUUGGGAUCACCCUUUUCCAAGUAACUGCUGGUAAAAAUGUGACAGCCAGCUUCUCCACUGACAGUAUUGAUCUUGAAAUAGGAGAAAAAACAGAAGUUAACCUUUCUUUGAGUGAACCACUGACUUCAAGUGCUGUCAUUUAUUUUACAUUUGAUGAUGAAGUAUCCAAUGAUGGCUAUAUAAUAUUAAGCUCAGACAACAUCAGCGUUGAAGCUAACAACUCAAUGUCCUGGACUCUCAACAUUACAGGAAAAAGUGCUGGACAUGUUAUACUCGGCAUCAAUUCAUCUACACCAGAAAUACUGAAGAUCCACCAAACGUUUGUUCGUAUUGAUGUGGUUCACAAUUCCGUGCUGGUGAUCAUCAAUGCUGUGAUUGGUUGGAUUUAUUUUGUGGCGUGGUCCGUUUCUUUCUACCCUCAAGUCUACAUUAACUGGAAGAGAAAAAGUGUGAUUGGCCUGAACUUUGAUUUCCUGUGUUACAAUAUAACUGGCUUUCUUGCUUAUGGUUUUUUUAAUGUUGGCAUGUUCUGGGUUCAAACUGUCAAGGACCAGUACUUUGAUCUUCAUCCCAGGGGCAUUAACCCUGUACAAUUGAAUGAUGUCAUCUUCACUUUACAUGCAAUUUUUGUUACUAUUCUCACCAUACUACAGUGUAUGCUUUAUGAUAGGGGCAGUCAACGCGUGUCAAAGAUUUGUAUCAUUUUGGUCGUGGGGGCGUGGCUGUUUGCUGGCUCAGCCCUUGUUGUGACCCUGACCCACAAAAUCACCUGGCUCACCUACCUGUACUACUUCUCCUACAUCAAGCUGGGCGUCACCUUGAUCAAAUAUAUUCCACAGGCGUACAUGAAUUUCCGCCGUAAGAGCACAGAUGGCUGGAGCAUUGGAAAUGUUUUGCUAGAUUUCACUGGCGGCUCCCUCAGCUUGCUGCAGAUGUUCCUGCUCUCCUAUAACAGCGAUGACUGGGGCUCAAUAUUUGGAGACCCAACCAAAUUUGGUCUCGGAGUGUUCUCUAUCCUGUUUGAUAUUCUGUUUAUUGUGCAGCAUUACUGCUUGUAUGGAAACAAAAACCCAUAUGAGCCAAUGGCAAGUGAAAUUAUUGUUAGCAAGGAUGGCGCCCAGUAUCAAAAUUAUGGCUCCAGCCUCAACAGUGAAGAUGAUAACUCACAGCCAUAUAUUUACUGAGUUGCUGUUUUGUGUGGGCUGCAUGUGUGGUGUAGUGUAAAAGCUGAUCUAUCUUAAGAACGUGUUGAGUAUGUUUAUCAAAGUAGUAAUUAUCUCCUUCUAAACAAUGUUUCUAAAGGUUCUCAGAAAAAUUUGCAUCAGAAAACUGUGUAAAAUAAAACUGUGCUAAUCCAAACAAACUAUAUUAAUACACUUCAAUUUUGUCAUAUUUCGUGGAGAAAUGUUUUAUUAUGCAAUAAUGUACAUGCAUUAAUUAUUUGCUAAAGUCUAUAAAUGAUAGAUUUAAACAAAAUGAAUUCCUUUGCACACAUUUGUGUACACAGUUUUCAGUUGCUUAUUUUUCUGUUUACACAUCUUUCUGGUCACCAAGGGUCAGUUUGUUGUUAGGAGAUGUUAGAGUGACCAACAUUCACUGAUUAUUUAUUAGGACUCACCUGACUGGUGGCUAGGCCUCACCUGACUAGUGGCUAGGCCUCACCUGACUGGUGGCUAGGCCUCACCUGACUGGUGGCCUCACUUGACUGGUGGCUAGGCCUCACCUGACUGGUGGCUAGGCCUCACCUGACUGGUGGCCAGGCCUCACCUGACUGGUGGCUAGGCCUCACCUGACUGGUGGCCUCACCUGACUGGUGGCCUCACCUGACUGGUGGCCUCACCUGACUGGUGGCUAGGCCUCACCUGACUGGUGGCUAGGCCUCACCUGACUGGUGGCCUCACUUGACUGGUGGCUAGGCCUCACCUGACUGGUGGCUAGGCCUCACCUGACUGGUGGCCAGGCCGCACCUGACUGGUGGCUAGGCCGCACCUGACUGGUGGCCAGGCCUCACCUGACUGGUGGCCAGGCCUCAUCUGACUGGUGGCUAGGCCUCACUAGGCCUCACCUGACUGGUAGCUAGGCCUCACCUGAUGCAUGGGUGUCAAAUAUUGAAUGAGCUGACAUGUUGGUGACAUCUGUACUGAACUAAAUGAAAGAAUGAUAAAAGUUUGGAUAUUUUGUUUGGUGUAUCAGUUGUACUUUAUUUUGUAUGGCAGAAUCAUUUUUUUAAAUGUGUGUUCUCUUGAGUUGGAGCCAUUGGUUGGCUGAUAAGUAAACUUGGAUUAGAAAGCUGUACUAACAAAAACAAACUUAAUGUUUAGUUGUUAAAUUUGUAACAUGUAUAUUUGUUGUUCUUUUGUAACUGUUCUGCAAUGUUAAGCUAACUCUGUUUUAGAUAAACAAAAUAUUCUGUGUAGAUGAUAAAACUGAAUAUUCUGUAUACAUGAUAAAAAUAAACCUGAAUGUGAUGGGCUUUCAAUCAACAUACGCAAAUGGCUCCUGUUUACGAGGAAUCUUGUUUGUAUAUAUGAAUAUGUUUUUUGCCGGUUUUAUAUGUAUCCAUUUUUUUCUGAAACGUUAUGUAAAUAUAAGAUGUAGAUAUGCAGCAGUAGAGAUUAUUUACAAACAUCUUGUCCAGUAGAGAUGGUUUACAAACAUCUCUUUCCUGUUAUAUUGGUUGGCAGUUGAGUUAAAAGCACAAUUUUAAAAUGUUGAAUAUUCUGUGUUAACUGAAGCACAAACUUAAGUUUUUAAGCACCGGUUUGUACGUGCAAACAAUAUGUGAUUAUAAUGUGCAAUAUGAUGGAACAUAUUGUUUUAUUUUCAUUGAACAAACCUGUUACUCAAUGUUUGAACAAAUGGUGAUGUAUAUAUAUAAACUGUCUAGAUAGCUAGUUGAACAAAUGAUAUAGGGCCCUCUGUUGUAUGAAGAAGGAAUAGUUGCACGAAUGAUUUCAAUAGCAGGCUUAGUUGAGCAAGGUAGGAUAUUCAAAAGUCUUGUGUAAAUAUCUUAAUUGUUUUGUUUUUACAGAGAGAAAUUUAAAUAAAUGUUGGCAUUUAAUAUUUUUUGCUUUUUUUUAUUUUAUUUUGGUCAGAUAGUUUUGACAAGAGUUCUACCUGUAUAUAUAGCUGCUACAGUAAUAUAGCUGCUACUAAGUGGCUUAAUGUAAAUAAUAAAUGUUUGAAUGCACCA